GAAGAUGAAGUAGAGCUCUGACCAUGGACCAUGAUGCCCCCACGAUAAGGCCCCGCCGUAUCCAGAACCAGAAUGUCAUCCACCGCCUGGAGCGCCGCCGGAUCAGCUCAGGCAAAGCUGGCACGCACUGGCACCAAGUCCGUGUCUUCCACCAGAACGUCUUCCCCAACUUCACUGUGGUCAACGUGGAAAAGCCGCCCUGCUUCUUGCGCAAGUUCUCCCCCGAUGGCCGCUACUUCAUUGCCUUCUCCUCGGACCAGACCUCUCUGGAGAUCUAUGAGUAUCAAGGCUGCCAGGCGGCAGAAGACCUCCUGCAAGGCUAUGAGGGAGAGAUCCUGGCCAACGGCAAUGACCAAAGGUCUGUCAACAUCCGGGGGCGGCUCUUUGAACGCUUCUUUGUCCUGCUCCAUAUCACCAAUGUGGCCUCCAACGGGGAGCACUUGAACCGUGAGUGCAGCUUGUUCACUGAUGACUGUCGGUAUGUGAUCGUCGGGUCUGCCGCGUACCUGCCUGAGGAGCCUCACCCUCCCUUCUUUGAGGUUUACCGCAACAGCGAGUCGGUGACCCCUAAUCCCCGGUCCCCCUUGGAGGAUUAUUCCUUGCAUAUCAUAGACCUCCACACAGGCAGACUCUGUGACACGCGAACUUUCAAAUGUGACAAAGUCAUCCUGUCUCACAACCAGGGGCUGUACCUCUAUAAGAACAUCUUGGCGAUUCUCUCUGUGCAGCAACAGACUAUCCAUGUCUUUCAAGUAACACCUGAGGGUACAUUCAUCGACGUACGGACUAUCGGCCGCUUCUGCUAUGAGGAUGAUCUCCUGACGCUGUCUGCAGUGUAUCCUGAGGUGCAGCGGGACACUCAGACGGGUAUGGCCAACCCUUACAAAGAGCCCUUCAUAAACUCGUUGAAGCACAGGCUGCUGGUGUACCUGUGGAGAAGGGCUGAGCAGGAUGGAAGUGCUAUAGCAAAAAGAAGGUUCUUCCAGUACUUUGAUCAGUUGAGGCAGCUCCGCAUGUGGAAGAUGCAGCUUUUGGAUGAGAACCAUCUAUUUAUCAAAUACACUAGUGAAGAUGUGGUCACGCUGCGGGUGACGGAUCCUUCCCAGCCUUCGUUCUUCGUUGUGUACAACAUGGUGACCACAGAGGUUAUUGCUGUAUUCGAGAAUACGUCUGAUGAGUUGCUGGAGCUGUUUGAGAACUUCUGUGACCUCUUCAGGAACGCCACCCUGCACAGUGAGGCGGUCCAGUUCCCCUGCUCAGCUUCCAGCAACAACUUUGCCAGGCAGAUCCAGCGCCGCUUCAAAGACACUAUCGUGAAUGCCAAGUAUGGAGGGCACACGGAGGCUGUGCGGAGACUGCUGGGCCAGCUCCCGAUCAGCGCCCAGUCGUACAGUGGCAGCCCUUACCUCGACCUCUCCCUUUUCAGCUAUGAUGACAAGUGGGUGUCAGUCAUGGAGCGGCCCAAGACCUGCGGUGAUCACCCUAUAAGAUUUUACGCUCGUGAUUCUGGCCUCCUGAAGUUUGAGAUCCAGGCGGGACUCCUGGGGCGACCCAUCAAUCACACAGUGCGACGCCUGGUUGCGUUCACCUUCCACCCCUUCGAGCCCUUUGCCAUCUCAGUGCAGCGCACUAACGCAGAGUACGUGGUUAACUUCCACAUGAGGCACAGCUGCACGUAG